GCCUUUUCUGAGAACUCCCCAUCUCCCUCUAACCACGCCCCCUAAUCACGUGACCCGGACCAGCCACCCUCUCACACUACAGAGGAGCUGCUGUAUCAGCAUGCGGUAACCGUCUCCUGCCACCAUGGAGUGGCUGAAUGGCCAUCAAGGCAGAAUCAGGAGGCUUUGUAUGUCAUGCUGCUCCCGUGAGAUGCUGCAGAAGAGACUGCCCUUUCUUUCCUGGCUGUCACGCUAUUCUUUGCAAUGGUUGCAGCUGGAUGUUAUUGCCGGGCUGACUGUUGGUCUAACAGUGGUACCCCAGGCUCUGGCCUAUGCGGAGGUCGCUGGGCUCCCUGUCCAGUAUGGACUCUAUUCCUCUUUCGUGGGCUGCUUUGUUUAUUGUCUCCUUGGGACAUCUAAAGACGUGACAUUGGGUCCCACAGCCAUAAUGUCCCUCCUAGUAUCAGUCUACACGUCGGGAGAUACGUCUCUGGCCAUUCUUUUAGCGUUCUUAUCUGGUUGCAUCCAGCUAGCCAUGGGACUUUUAAAUUUUGGGUUCCUUUUAGAUUUCAUCUCCUAUCCAGUCAUCAAAGCUUUCACUUCAGCAGCAUCUGUCACAAUUGGGUUUAGCCAAGUAAAGAACCUCCUUGGGCUGAAGAACAUUCCACGUGAGUUUAUUCUACAGGUAUACGAAACUUUUCGCCAACUUCCAAAUACUAGAUUAGGAGAUGCCAUCUUGGGUCUGACCUGCAUUGCAAUACUCAUGAUGCUAAAAUGGAUGAAAGAACACUCACCCAGAAUGCACCGGGGCAUGUCAUGCUGGUACCGGUUUUGCUACCUCAUUGUCUGGGUCAUAACGACAGCCCGAAAUGCCGUGGUGGUGAUUGCUGCUGGACUGGUGGCUUAUUCUUUCCAGGCUAUGGGGUCUCAACCAUUCAUCCUCACAGGGAAGACAGCAGAGGGACUCCCCAAAUUCAAUAUUCCCCCAUUUUCAGAAAGCACGGCCAACGGCACUGUCACGUUCCGGGAGAUGGUACAGAACAUUGGACCGGGACUUUUCAUUGUUCCUUGUAUGGGAUUACUGGAAAGUGUUGCCAUCGCCAGGGCUUUUGCAUCUCAGAACAAUUACAGGAUCAACACCAACCAGGAGCUUCUUGCCAUCGGCCUCACCAAUGUCCUCGGUUCUUUCCUAUCUUCGUAUCCUGUGACGGGAAGCUUCGGCCGGACAGCCCUUAACUCACAGACGGGAGUUUGCUCCCCUGCCGGUGGAUUGCUCACAGGUGUUUUGGUUUUGUUGUCCCUUGCAUAUCUCACACCUCUGUUCUUCUACAUCCCAAAAGCCGCCCUCGCCGCGGUGAUCAUCUGUGCAGUGGCGCCCAUGUUUGAUUUGGGCAUCUGCAAAACCCUAUGGAAUGUUAAGAAAAUAGAUUUGCUUCCAUUCCUGAUAACCUUCCUUCUUUCCUUCUGGGAAAUCCAGUAUGGCAUCCUUGCUGGGAUUCUAAUCUCUGUGGUUAUUCUAUGCUACCCCAUUGCGAGGCCAAAAAUGACGGUGUCCCAAUCAAAUGGCUUAACCUUGCAUUUCAUGAGCGGGCUGAACUUUCCAGCCAUGGAAUUCCUCCGAGAUUCCGUUUAUGAGAAAGCUCUUGCCGUGUCGCCCCCACGCUCUGUGACAUUGGAUUUUUCUCACGUCAUAACAUUGGAUUACACAGUGGUGGUCGGGCUCCGUGAUCUUCUGCACGAGUUUAAAUCCCAGGGACUGUCCCUUACUUUUUGUGGACUCCAGCCUCAACUUCUUCAGAUGUUAUUGGCAGCCGAUUCCAAGGCCUUUCAUUGUCUUCAGGGACUUGGAAAAACAGGAGAUCUGUAUCAAGAGGAAGGCAGCACAGAGCCGUUGCUCCAUAAUGUUACGAGGGCCUCGCCAUAGGACUGUGUACCGGACUGGGCAAGACGAACCGCAGAAACAACAGGUGAGGAGGGCCCGGCUCAAGCAAGCUUACGAUCUAGUGCUUCAACUUCUUUUAUGUUAACAAAAAACAUAUGAACCAUCGACCUGUAAACGAAUGAGAUGUUCUGUCUCUACAACAUUGUUUGCUUGCCAUAGGGGCUAUUGUCUCUUAUCUAUGUGUAUACUGUAUAAAUUGUUUUUUAUCUGCUAAAUGAACAUUUUACUACAAUAAUCAAACAUUCUAAAUUUAAUAUUAAAUCUAUUAGCGUGUCAUUAAUGUCCAAUUGUGCUCAUUACUUGCUUUUGGAUUUGGGUACAGGGAAAGGAUUUUCUGUACACAAUGCAAGCGUCUUACUAUCUGGGCACUGCUAAAAUCUACUGAAUUCUGCAGACAUUAAUGUUAACAAUCUUACAGAAUAUUUCACUGGUUGGCAUAGUAAAGGUUUGUAGGUUAUGUUUCAAA